AUGAAGGUCAUCUCCAAAGAAGAGGAGGCUGCCCACUCCAAGCAAGUCCUCACGGGCGGUGCCAUCGGUGGCAUCAUCGGUCUCGGUGUCGGUGGUGUAGCUCUGGCCUUCGCCAACCGUCGCUACGCCUCCGUCCGAAACCUGACCGUCCCCUUCAAGGCCUUCCUCGUCAGCUCGUCGUGUACCUUCGGUCUCAUCGUCAACGCUGAGCGCUACAGUAUCGCCUUCCAGAAGUCCCAUGACCCCAUGCAUGGCUACAAGACCGACGCCGCGCGCGAGAUCGAGGCCGCCCUGGCCAACCGCACCAUCUCUGAGAAGUUCAUGGACUGGGGCCGCGACAACCGAUAUACCAUCGUCUUCAGCUCUUGGUUGGCGUCCAUGGGUUUGGCCUUUGCCAUAGUCAACCGCUCCAAGGCUCUGACGGCCGCCCAGAAGAUUGUGCAGGCUCGUGUGUACGCUCAGGGUCUCACUGUUGCUGUCCUUGUCGUUACUGCUAUCUUCGAGAUGAGCGAUGCGAAGUCUGGCAGCGGCAGGUGGCGCACUGUCUUGGUUGCCGACCCUAACGAUCCCGAGCACAAGAAGAUGAUUGAGAAGAAGAUCCACAAGGAGGAGUACGAGGGCCAGGAUCUCUGGAAAGAUAUGGUUGCCGCCGAAGAGCGAAGGAUAGCCGAGCGAAAGAAGCAGCAGGAGGUUGAGGCCGCUGGUAAGCCUAAGGCCGAGACUCUCUAA